GGGGCUUUUAUUUAUAUUGUUCCGAGUGAUUUAGUAAAUUUAUCUGUAUCAUGGUGUGUUUAUGUUUUGAAAUUUGAAUAAAAUGGAUAUUUUUUGUAUUUGCCGAACAUGCUUGAAUGAACCAAGCUCCGAUCUAAUAUCGAUAUAUUCACCAAUUACUCCAAAUCAAGUUGAACUUAUUGAAUCGAAAAAUGAUAGCGAAACUCAAAUAUCCAGCAUACUAGAUGAAUUAACUGGAAAUACAUAUAGUGUAAGGGAAUUUCCAUAUCCAGAUAAAAUAUGUGAGCUUUGUUUGGCGGCUUUGAAAGCAGCAUUCCAAUUUCGCCAGCAAUGUGAGAUUACAUUCAAAGAGCUGAAAAAGUUGUCUAAAGACAAUAGCAGCUUCAAUGAAUUGCAACCGCCUUUGGAAGUAAAACCUAUAUUAAUUGAACCUGAAUUACAUAUUCUAACAAGUUCCGCUAAUGAUUUGGAAAAUAUUCUUGCUUCAGAAGAAGAAGAACUGUCACAAUGCAAAAAAGUGAAAAAUGAAACAUCCGAUAUUGCCAAUAUCUUUGAUGACGAACCAACUGAAAUCAAAUCAUCAACGUAUCAAUGUGAACAUUGUGGUAAAUCAUUUGGGAGGAAAACUCAUCUCAGGCGCCACAUGAAUGUACAUCAAUCAAAAGAUCUUCGAAGUCAUAUGACAAGUCAACAUGGUGAUCGAAUAUUGCAAUCCAAGGGGAUGAAACUUGCGACUGACAAAAAAAUUAACAAAGUAGAAAAACCACAAAAAAUCAUUUCAUCGGCGUAUCAAUGUGACCACUGUGAUAAAGUAUUUACGAGAAAAACACAUCUUAGGCGCCACAUGACUAUACACACCGACGAACGUGCUUAUGGUUGUAAAAUAUGUGAUAAGAGAUUCCGUAGACGCGAUCACCUUAAGAUUCACGAAAACUAUCACGCCAAAAUUAGACCUCAUAUUUGUGAACACUGCCAACGUUCAUUUUCAAGGACUGAACACCUUCGUCGCCAUGUGGCCAGUCGACAUAGCAAUAAAACGUCUACUUUUUCAUGCAAAAAUUGUGAAUAUGUUGCAACGAGUGUGAAAGAGUUGAAUCAGCAUCGAAAAUCACAUGCUGAAGUUUCGUUCGCUUGUAAGACCUGCGAUUUAAAAUUCACAACCAAAAGUGAGCACACCGAACACACCAAAGUACAUAGCGAUGAACGGCCGUUUUUAUGCUCUGAGUGUGGGAUGCGAUUUAUUCGCAAUGACUAUUUGGUUAUACAUAUGCGACGACAUACUGGAGAAAAACCUUAUAAGUGCCGGUUUUGUGAGCGCGCAUUCCCUCGAACCACCGAUCUAACAGUACACGAACGAUACCACACUAAUGAGAAGAAACAUAUAUGCUCUGUGUGCGGAAAAGGAUUUCAACGGGCCUACAAUUUAACGGUUCAUACCAGAGUUCAUACAAAAGAAAAACCAUACCAAUGCCCACAUUGUUCGAAGAGUUUUUCGCAAGGAAAUGACUUGAAGGCACAUAUCAGGCGACAUACUGGAGAAAGAUACCAAUGUGAAUUGUGUUCAUCGUCUUUUAUUCAAAUUUAUUUGCUCAACAAUCAUAAGAAGAAUGUCCACGGCAUCAGUGCAACAUCGAAUAUCAGUCGAGUGGCGAAAUUUGAACCCACGUCUCAACACGUUAUUCCAACGUCUCAUAUCGAAAAUGAAACUGACUGCACUGUAUACACUGUUUAAAUGAAUAUUUAUUUACUUUAUUUUAUUAAUAAUAGUCAAUUUCUCGUUGUUUACAUCUAUCUUUUUACGACAGUCGUUAAGAGUAAAGUGAAUUUCAUUAUCCAAAAAUAAAUAAACACCUGAAAUACCUUUUGUAUGAAUUAAGAAGAAAGGAUUGUUAUUUGUGCAAACUAGUAUUUUUAAACGCGAUGUGACUAGAAUUUUUCAAAUAUUAUUGAGAAGAACAAAGCAGAAAAGCUUAGAAGUCAAAAGAAAGAAAGAUAAAGUGAAUUGUAGUAUGGAAUUCUGAUGGAUUUAAUGAGGAAGUAUUAAUUCACCUGUAAAUUUUUGUUUGAGAUUAAUACCGAUUUUCUCUUUGUAUAAUGUCACAAGUAAUUUCUAAGAUCGAGACCUAUACAAUAGUUAAAACAUCGUACCCAAUCACUUAAUUACUGAUAAGAAACAAUCACCUAUUUUGGGCGCUGUUGAGAAAAAAUGAAAAUAAAAAAAAUUC